GGAACUAGGCAGCCACCCCCUUCCUGUCAGUGGUCCUAAGUGUGGACGCAACAGCGUGGCUGAUGCGGAGCAAUUGGGGAUUUUCGUGCCUUCCGGCCACCGGCCCCGAGUGCACCGCAUCGCCCAGGACCCCCUGACCAGGAAGAGGCGCGCGGGCGCCUCCUGCCCUCCGGAAGAUGGCCGAGAGCGCCGGCACGGCCGCCCCCUCGACGGGGCCCGCGGCCAAAGGCGGCUCCUCAGGCGCCUGGUGGAAAUCGCUGACCAGCAAGAAAAAGCCCAAGGAAUCGCCAGCGGCUGCGGCUGCGUGGUCUCCUCGGCAGGUGCCCGAGCCCUCGGAGAUGCUCCCCGCCGCACCCAGCCCCUCGGACUCUCAAGAGAACCAGCAGCCCAACUCGGGCAGCCGUCGGAACCUUAAGAUCUCCCGCUCGGGCCGUUUCAAGGAGAAGCGGAAAGUGCGCGCCACGCUGCUGGCGGACAGUCCCCAGAAGCUCUUCGAAGGGGCGCCGGGAGCCGCAGCCGCCGCAGCCGGGAAUCCCGCCCCGGCGCGCCCUGGCGAAGAGACGCCGUGCCAGUGACCACGCCUCCCCGCCGUCCCCUUCCAGGCCCGCUUGCCUAGAGGAGGAGAUGCCUGUCUGAUCUUGGGGAAAGGCGGCCUGGUUGCCGCCUCGUCUCCGGCCGAGGGGAGGAGCGAGUGUGUGUGUGCACGCGCGCGCGCUCUGCUGCGCUUUUAGGGAACUGUGGCCUUGCGGAUCUUGCGCGCGAGUUUGCAAAGCUUCUUUCGCCCUCGCCGAGGGGACUGAUGAUGUCGAGGCGUCCGCCUUAGUCGACCACGGGGGUCUCCUGUUUCACGGGGAGGGCCGCAAAUCUCUGGAACAAUAGGAAUAUGCAGUAAGGAAGAGACCCGCUGAAGCUCAGCUGCCCUUUCCGGUCAUGAAAUUAAAGUGUUCAGCGGGCAAUGUCCGCAACGAAAUCGUCAUUGUGAUUUAUUUCACGCCCACAACCACCUAUUGCAGAAAACCGCCAGUGCACAAUAUGCUGCUAUAUGGAAUAAUAAUGAUAAU